AUGCCGGAACAUUUGAAUGAUUCGGACACACCUGUAGAACACCCGUUAGUGGCAAACACAAUUAUAAAACAAGCAGAAACAAUCGAAAACUUCUCCGAUGACCAACGUCCGGAAGUGGAACAAUCCGGUUCACCUGAAGAAGCCGAUGAUUCCUCGGAGAUCAUCCCGCUGAAAGCGCAGACAGGCUCAGAGGAAAGGCAUGUACGUUUCUUUCCUCUCAGUACUCCAACUGGAUUUUGGCGAAAGGUUCCGAAAAUCGUAUUUUUCAUUGUUCCGAUUUUGCUGGUCACUUUGGGCGUACUGGCGUUUGCAGUCUAUGCGAGCGUCACAUCGGCUCACUGCAGCUCACCGACCGAGACAGACGAACAGCCUGCAGGAAGCACGAAAAACUUCCCGAGUCCAACAUUCGGUCUGGACGAACUGUUCAUCACCGGCAGCUGCUGCAACCCAGUUAAUCUUGUAAACCGCAUACAUUCUGGAUUCCUUGCUGCUUUUGCGGGAGUGACAACCAUCAUUUGA